AUGGACACUCUCACUGCCGAGCAGGAACUCGAUUCGCGGAACAUCGGGAAGAAGGAUGCUGCCGAUCUCGGCUUGAAGCUCCUCUUGAAGAUAUCCGGGAUCGUGCCAUCGGCGAGCCAUCUCUUCUCGUUUCUGCAUGAUUCUGAUGCUGCCAUCAACAAGAACCACAAGCUCAAACGGCACGCACAACUGAGAAGGGUGGGGAUAGUUACUGUGAGGGACGCAACUUUGAAGAAGCUGGGAGCCACCCACUCCAAAGCUGGUGUAACUGAUCAGCACUUUGAGGCUUGCACUAUCGAUCACGAUAAAGGAGGCAGUGCCAUAUACUUUGGAGCUCCGAGAUCAAGAAUGCACGGGGAGAAGCUUAUGACCAGGUGGUUGCAGCCAUUAAGGAGGAAAUAA